UGUAGCCCUCGCUGUUACAAGAUGACUGUGGAAACAUAUUUCUCUGUACAAUUAGAAGCUAAAUGUGUUGAUUUGAAGGAAAGACGGGCAGAUUCUGGGGUCAGUGCUCUAAAAUGAGUCUCUCUGGGGAGAGAGAGGAUGGGGGCCCUGCCUCUAAAAAGACUCUCUUUCGGGAACAUGACACCAGAGCUAAGAGCCCAAUCAAGCAGGAGAGACCAGCCUCCCCUGUUCCCAGCUGUGUGUCCAUGAAGAGUGACUGGUCUAUGAGUCAACCUUUACAGUUUAGAGAGGGAGACUUUUCUACUGAACCAAGAAAUCAACAAAAGAGAUCAGAGUCAGAGAUUCUCAGUGUUCAGUCUUCCCAGAGUCAUCAAACAGACCUGGACUCCAUAUUCAGUUUGCUUGAAGAGAAUACUAUGACAUUCGUGACGAACGAGCUGAAGAUGUUCAAGAGGAUUCUUAGUCCAGAACUCACAGAAGGCUUUGAGAGUCAGAAGCAGGACAAGGAAGUGGUGGACGCUGAAGAUGAGCAGCAGGAGAGCAGUGCCAGAGAGGGGGCUCUGAAGAUCACACUGCACGUCCUGAGGAAAAUGAACCAGAAGCAGCUUGCUGACACACUGGAGAAAUAUGAGAUUGCUGUGAUUUGCCAACGUGAACUCAAAUCUAAUCUAAAGAAGAAGUGUCAAUGUGUAUUUGAGGGGAUCGCUAAACAAGGAAACCCAACACUUCUCAAUAAGAUCUACACAGAGCUCUACAUCACAGAGGGUGGAACAGGAGAGGUCAAUAAUGAACAUGAGCUGAGACAGAUUGAGACAACAACCAGGAAACAAGCAAGACCAGAGACUGCAAUCAAAUGUAACGACAUCGUCAAACCCUUAACUGGACAAGACAAACCUAUCAGAACUGUGCUGACAAAGGGAGUCGCUGGCAUUGGAAAAACAGUCUCUGUGCAGAAGUUCAUUCUGGACUGGGCUGAAGGAAAAGCAAAUCAGGAUGUCCAAUUUAUAUUUUCAUUCCCUUUUCGGGAGCUGAAUUUGAUGAAAGAGGACAAACACACUUUCAUUGAACUUCUCAAUCACUUCUCAAUGGAAACCAAAGAAUCAAGAAUCUCCAACUACAACAAGUACAAAGUUCUGUUCAUCUUUGAUGGUCUGGAUGAGUGCCGACUGCCCCUAGACUUCCAGAAGAACAAGAUCUGUUGUGACGUCACAGAGUCAACCUCAGUGGAUGUUCUGCUGACAAAUCUCAUCAGGGGAAAUAUGCUUCCCUCUGCUCUCCUCUGGAUAACUACCCGACCUGCAGCAGCCAAUAAGAUCCCUUCAGGGUGUGUUGACCAGGUAACAGAGGUACGAGGGUUCAAUGACCCACAGAAGGAGGAGUACUUCAGGAAGAGAUUCAGUGAUGAGGACCUGGCCAGCAGAAUCAUCUCAAACAUAAAGACAUCAAGGAGCCUCCACAUCAUGUGCCACAUUCCAGUCUUCUGUUGGAUUUCUGCAAUAGUCCUUGAACACAUGUUGAAACAUAAGAGAGAAGAGAUGCCCAAGACUCUGACUGAGAUGUACACACACCUUGUGGUGUUUCAUACCAAACAGAAGAAUGAAAAGUAUCUUGGGAAAGAAGAGACAGGUCCACACUGGAAUAAACAGAGCAUUCUGUCACUGGGAAAACUGGCUUUUCAGCAGCUUGUGAAUGGCAAUCUGAUUUUCUAUGAAGAAGACCUGAAGGAGGCUGGCAUUGAUGUCAAUGAAGCCUCAGUGUACUCAGGAUUGUGCACACAGCUCUUUAAAGAGGAACGUGGGCUGUACCAGGACAAGGUGUACUGCUUUGUUCAUCUGAGCAUUCAGGAGUUUCUGGCUGCUGUAUAUGUGUUCCUCUCAUUCAUCAACAACAAUGAGAAUCUAAUGGCCGAACCGCAAUCAAUGUCCAGGAACCUUUCUGCUCUGUUCAGAGACAAGCGUAAAGUUACUGUCUACAAGAGUGCUGUGGAUAAAGCCUUACAAAGUGAGACAGGAAACCUGGACCUUUUCCUCCGCUUCCUUCUGGGCCUCUCACUGGAGUCCAAUCAGAAGCACUUACGAGGUCUACUGACAAAGACAAGAAGCAGCUCACAGAGCCAUGAAAAAACAGUCAAGUACAUCAAGGAGAAGAUCAGGGAGAAUCCCUCUCCAGAGAGGUGCAUCAAUCUGUUCCACUGUCUGAAUGAACUGAAGGACCAUUCUCUAGUGGAGGAGAUCCAAAGAUACCUGAGAUCAGGAAGUCUCUCAAAACCCAACCUGUCACCUGCACAGUGGUCAGCUCUGGUCUUUGUGUUGCUGACUUCAGAAAAGGAGCUGGAUGUGUUUGACCUGAAGAAAUACUCCAGAUCAGAGGAAGGUCUUCUGAGGCUGCUGCCAGUGGUCAAAGCCUCCAGAGCUGUUCUGCUGUCAGACUCUGAAGUCACAGAGGAAGGCUGUGCUUCUCUGGUCUCAGCUCUGGAGUCAAACCCCUCACAUCUGAGAGAGCUGGAUCUGAGUAACAAUGACUUGAAGGAUUCAGGAGUGAAGCUGCUCUCUGCUGGACUGGGGAAUCACCACUGUAAACUGGAGACUCUGAGGCUGUCAGGCUGUCUAGUCACAGAGGAAGGUUGUGCUUCUCUGGUCUCAGUUCUCAGUUCAAACCCCUCACACCUGAGAGAGCUGGAUCUGAGUAACAAUGACCUGAAGGAUUCAGGAGUGGAGCUGCUCUCUGCUGGACUGGGGAAUCCCCAAUGUAAACUGGAGACUCUGAGGCUGUCAGGCUGUCUAGUCACAGAGGAAGGCUGUGUUUCUCUGGUCUCAGCUCUGAGGUCAAACCCCUCACACCUGAGAGAGCUGGACCUGAGCUACAAUCACCCAGGAGACUCAGGAGUCAGACUGCUCUCUGCUGGACUGGAGGAUCCACACUGCAGACUGGAGAAACUCAAUGUGGGACAUGGUGGAGAGAACAGAAUGAAACCUGGGCUUAGAAAAUAUGUCUGUGAUCUCACACUGGACCCAAACACAGUGAACAAACUCCUCUCUCUGUCUGAGGAGAACAGAAAGGUGACAUGGAGGAGAGAAAAGCUGCCGUAUCCUGAUCACCCAGAGAGAUUUGAGGUCUGUAGACAGGUGCUGUGUAGAGAGGGUCUGACUGGCCGCUGUUACUGGGAGGUAGAGUGGAGUGGGGAAGAGGCUGGUAUAGGAGUGACAUAUAAAGGAAUAAACAGGAGAGGAGGGGCUAAAGACUGUGUGAUUGGGCACAAUGACAAGUCCUGGAGUCUGAUCUGCUAUGACAACAGUUACAUUGCCAGUCACAAUAAUAAUCUCACUCCCAUAGACGUCCACCCCGCCAGCUCCCACAGAGUAGGAGUGUAUCUGGACUGGCCAGCCGGCACACUGUCCUUCUAUAGAGCCUCCUCUGACACACUGACCCACCUGAUCACAUUCACCUCCACAUUCACUGAGCCCCUCUAUCCAGGGUUUUGGGUGUGGUGGGAUGGCGACUCAGUGUCUCUUUGUCAGUGAUACACACAUACACACACACACAGACUCAGACACACACACACACACACACACACACACACACACACACACACUGGAUGCAGACACUGACACACACACUCGACGCAUAGACAUUGUCAUGAUGUUGGCCUCUUUGAGUAUAUACCCCUCUCUGCCUCCCCUUGCCUCCUUCAACUAGGCUGCUGUGGUCAGAGGUCAUAAAUUCCUGAGAAGACCUCAUGUACACACAGUUAUAGAGAGUGGUUUUUCAUGGAGACAAAGUAAAUCCUUCUACCUCACAGACCUUGAGGUACGAACAAAUUUCAUGUUCCGGAGAAAGUAUAAAAGAUCGGUGAAGAAUCCAGCUACGAACUGGUCCGAUUGUCACAACUUGGGGUAUUCAAACGUGUGUAGAUCAGUCAAUUCUUAAUUUAAAGACUUAAAACUCAGUAUUCUGUAAGUGGCUAUCUCAAUCAAGACAUGUGUUUACUUAUAGCUUCCUGUGCCAAAUGGAAGUGCCUUUAAUUGGGUCACACUGUCUGUUAAAAAAGUCACAUUUUUAAAACUUCAUAUGUGUAACCCUCCUGAACUGUAAAUCAGUCAUUUCUCCCAACAGAUGUCAAAGAAAAGCUCUCACACACACACACAGCAAGGAUGGAGUGAAAAAGUGCGGUGCUUAAAGACACAGAGAGCAGGCAAUGGCAUUACCAUAAUCUCUAGGCCGUGCAGAGUUCAACGAGAUAUCCCGCUUGACCGUAGCUCGCUCGGUCUAAGCGCAGCGACCAUUAGAAUAGUAGGCCCAAAAUGAAACCUGCCCCAUAACGUCAUUUGAUUUUUGGUGACAGUGAGAGAACCGUUAGGGUGAGAAGCACAAUUCGACCUCAGGUACGUUCCUAAGGUCCUCCCGAUCCGUGCAAGCCUAACCUUGACCGUGUGGCAUUAACCCUUAACAGUUAAAAUAAGGUGUUUACAUCAAACAGUUUGCAUUGACUUCUCUCCCCAUAGGAAUACAUUGCCUGCACUCCUAAAUUCAACCUGAAGCCUGUAUGGGUUAUGAAUGCCGUAUUAACCUGUUUUCGGUACCAGUCCAUCAGGCCGCUAUGAGGUCUACCUAAAUCAGUCAGUUUUUAUAGUAAAGACUUAAAACUCAGGAUUCUGUAAAAGAAUACCCCAAUGAGGAUAUGUGUUGACUUAUAGCUUCCUGUGCCAACCGGAAGUGCCAUAAUUGGUGUCUCAGGGGCUGUUUCGAAGGGUUAAGAACGUCAGAUCUUUCCAAAACUUCAUAUGUGUGAUUAGGCAACCCCCAUGAACUGUAAAUCCGUCAUUUUUCCCAUACAAUUUCAAAGGAAAACUAAAUCACACACACACAGCUUGGAAGGAGAGACACAUUGGGGUGCGUAGAGACAUACACUGCCUGCAUUACAUUUACAUUACAUUUAAGUCAUUUAGCAGACGCUCUUAUCCAGAGCGACUUACAAAUUGGUGCAUUCACCUUAUGACAUCAAGUGGAACAGUCACUUUACAAUAGUGCAUCUAAAUCUUAAA